AUGGAGCCCAUUGGUAUUUCACAACACAACGAGUCAAAGCGGGAAAUGCCAGCGGGCGUAUUGCCUCACCCAAAAAGGCGUUUUGCCUCCUGCAGUUUCCCGGCACCUAAAAAGUAACACUUUUUUGAAUUGUUCAUUUGAAUGGAAAAUUUUGUUGGCACGCGGGUCAAAAGUUGAAGUCUCUUAGGUAAAGGAGUAAACUGCUCUCCAAGGCAGAAUACGACCUUAAAAUAAGAGCGAUUCCAAGCAACAGCAUCAAAAUUAAGGAAAAUUUUUAAUUCAUGAUUUUCUAUUGAACUGAAACUUUGCACAGUUUUUCAGUUCCAUCUAAAUCGCCAUUUUUCGAUAUCAAAUUUUUAUUUAGAGCCACGACUAACUUUUCAAAAGGGUGUAUGUGAAAAUGGUUCAAAAAUAUUCAAAAAUAUGCACAGCCAAAACGGAUUGUUCGAUUGUUAUGAAUUUUUCAGCAAAGUUAGAUAGCUAAAUGGUGAUUUCUAAGAAAAUAUACACUGUGAAAAAAAAUCUAUUUUAUCAUUGAAAAUCAUCAUUUUUGUCACAAAAACUCAAAUAUCUCAAAACCCUAUCUUUUUACCAACUUGAAUUUUUUAGGGAAAACGGUCCAUUGUAUUAGCAAUCUACCAUAAAAAUUUGGUGAUGGUAAACUAAUAAACAAAAAAGUUAUAACAUUUCAAAAAUGUCACAAUUUUUACAUUUAGUAAAAAAAAUUUUUCUGUGUAAAUUAUUUCGGCCGGGAAUCGCGAUUUGAUGCUGAUUUUAUUGUUCAGCAAAGUUAGAUAACUAAAUGGCGAUUCCUAAGAAAAUAUACACUGUGAAAAAAAUCUUUUUUAACAUUAAAAAAUAUCAUUUUUGUCACAAAAACUCAAAUAUCUCAAAACCCUAUCUUUUUACCAACGUAAUUUUUUAGAGAAAACGGUCCAUUGUAUUAGCAAUCUACCAUGAAAAUAAACAAAAAAAUUAUGACAAUUCAAACAUUUCACAAUUUUCACAUUUAGUAAUAAUUUUUUUUAGUGUAAAUUAUUUCGGCCGGAAAUUGAAGUUUGAUGCUGAUUUUAUUGUUAAUGGCCUUGCGUGAGUAAAACAAGUUGUUGUUAUUAUAUAUUAUAUAUACAUAUAAUAUACUAUGUACCGUAAUGUUCCGAUUUUAUCACGCCCUCCGCGCAUUAGUCGUUUAUUCAUUAAUUUGCUGUUACAUUUGAGGACAAGUGUUUUCCCUCUUCUUCAAGAUGAAUGUUGAAAGCGUGUUUUGCAACGUUAAAAGUAUUGAAAUGGGUAUAGAUGUUGAAGAAUAUUACAGGGCAUUUUUGAAAAGGGGCGUAAUUAAAUUGUUUAAACAGAUGUCGCUGAUGGCAAUUUCUCAGUUGUUGUCGUUUUCGAACUUCCUGCGCCCUGCUUUACCGAUGAUAUACAGAUGGCUCGUUUGUCAAAUUUUAGACGGCAGGACGUGCAAAUGCGUAAUUUUGUACACAAUGUGGACAUUUGGGCAUAACCAGUCUCUUUCAGUUUAUCUAUGGUGCUUUCGGUGAGAUUUCGUAAAUCUUUUGAACAUUUUUUUUCAUCAAACGGUCUACAAGAAAGCGACUGUUCAUCUUGUUCGUUAGAUUAUAAUAAACAAAAUCACUUAUUAAUUUUAACUUACUUGUUUGGUGUUGGUGGCUGAAGAAAAAAAAUACUAUACAAUUUUUAAUAUUCAUAGCGGUAGUAUUUUUUUGUUUUUUUUCCUGAGCAUUGUCAGGUAUGUAUACAGACAAACAAACGUAACACUGGCGAAAUUUUCAUUGACCACGCCUUCAACGAUCAUUUUGAAUCUUGGUUGUGGCUUUCAUAACAAGAAGAGCGCCCAUCGUUUUUCUUUGCGUUUGACGUUUCACACUAGCGCCUUCUGAUGACGAUAUUGCACAACGCAGUGUUUCGUGAAACAAUUCCACCAGGUGGUGAUAGUGUGAACUGGGCGAUGAAUUUUCACUAAAAUUGUUCUAGGCGUUUCGUCUGUUUGUCUGUGGUAUGUACCUCUUAUGCAUUUGUUGUUGUUGAAGUUACUCGCAUUCUUCCGAUCAUAAAGUCUGUUCUCUACACACUUAAUUUUGAUUACCGAGUUCGGUAAUUUUUUGACGAGAUUAAAACUGCUGAGCACCGAACUCGUUCAGCAAAAAUGCAUUGUUUACCUUUUCCAUACGAUUUUGACAGUUGUUUUACUGAGCCUCAGUAAAAUCGAUUACCGAAACUACCGAGAUCGUACUGCUGUUAUAAUCUCGUCAAAAAAGUACCGAACAGGCAAUUCAGAAAUAAGUGUGUAAGAGGGAUUUUUUUGCGGAUAAACUAGACGUAUACGCGUAUAAAAAACUUUUAUUAUACAGCUUUUGUCUUAAAAAUAAAUUCAAUUCCAUUUUUCUUAUAAUCAACAGCUUUUCAACACUAUCAAGGGAUUUUUUCACCAGUCACGUACAAUAAAAAGUAUGACAAUCUCAAUAUUUUUGAUCACAACACUGGAUCGCGUCUAAGUUUCAAAUAGAUACUAUAGUAAUUACGAAUAAUCAAACUAAAGUAUCAUGAAAACAACUUGUUUAAUUCAGGCGGUAGCCUUUACAAUAAAAUCAGCAUCAUAAUAUAAUUCUCGAAAUAAUGUACACAGAAAAAAAAAUUUUUUUGUUACUAAAUGUAAAAAUUGUGAAAUGUUUGAAAUGUCAUAACUUUUUUGUUUAUCAGUUUACCAUCACCAAAAUUUUAUGGUAGAUAGCUGAUAUUAGGGCCCAGAUAGCCGAGGCGGUAAACGCACGGGUAUUCAGCAUGACCAUGCUGAGGGUGACGGGUUCGAUUCCCGGUCGGUCCAGGAUCUUUUCGUAAAGGAAAUUUCCUUGACUUCCUUGGGCAUAGAGUAUCUUCGUGCCUGCCACACGAUAUACACAUGCAAAAUGGUCAUUGGCAGAGGAAGCUCUCAGUUAAAAACUGUGGAAGUGCUCAUAGAACACUAAGCUGAGAAGCAGGCUUUGUCCCAGUGAGGACGUUACGCCAAGAAGAGGAGAGAAGAGGAGGAGCUGAUAUAAUGGGCCAUUUCCCCUAAAAAAUUGAAGUUGGUAAAAAGAUAGGGUUUUGAGAUAUUUGAGUUUUUGUGACAAAUAUCAUAUUUUUUCAAAGUAGAAAAAGAAAUUUUUUACAGUGUAUAUUUUCUAAGGAAUCAUCAUUUAGUUAUCUAACUUUGCUGAAAAAUUUAUAACUGUGGUGACGAGUAUGUCUUAUCCGUUCACAUUUAUACAGUGCAUUCGUCUACAUACAUGCAGCCGUGCGGUGGCGACAGUCGGUCCACGCUCUGCUGUGCAGCAGCCGAACAUUUAGUUCGUUAUACACUCUUGUGCUUAUCACACGCGGCUACCACAAGUGGCGACGAGGAUAAAAAAAAAAGUUGAAUAAUUUGCGAAUAAAGUAGAUUUUAUAAAGUGGAUUUGAUUCCGUUUAAGUAACGGUCUAUGCAUCAGUGAAUUUAAUUAUUUUCGUAAUAUUUUGUGUUUUGUUAAAUGGAAGCGAAAAAAAAUCUAAUGCAUAAAUGAAGAAUGGUGUACUGGUGUUAACGCGGUGGUGAAUGUUUCUCUUGGUAUAAUUGAUUUCAGUGGAAAAAAAAUGUGAAUAGAACAAGAGAGAAAACCUCAAUCAUUUGAAUACACAGAAGAUUUUGAUGUGUUUCUCAAUGAACAGCGAAAAAAAGGUGGUGAUGCGACGCCGCGCAAAAGCAAGCGCUUUGUGCGAAGGAGACGACCUUGACUGCACAUUGUUUUCUGCAUGCGGUGCCGAAAGAAAGCGUUUCAUAGUGAUUGUGUGGCGGUGAGCGGAGAAAAGGCGGAUGUUUGUUAUAUGUGGAUUGCAGGUAAUGGCAAAGUGAUGCUAUAGGAUAGCGAUGUGGCAAUGUGUAAAUGGAAAGGUGAGUGUAUGCAAAACCAUUUAAAAAUUGAUUGAUUUAACUACUGCUGAAUUUCCAAAGUAAUCACCGAGAUUAGAUAAAUGUGUUUGGAAUGUUUUUGAAAAACUAAAGUUUUAGAAAUGUGAAUUUCUGUUAUGCGGUUAUGAAUUUUUGCACCAUGAAAGAAAUGCAGAUAAACGUUGUAUUUGCAAUGGACUUAGUGACGUAGUGAGAUAGCUUCGUAUCGUGAUUAAAUUCACUUAGGAAAAGGAAAAAAACGUCAGUGUGAAGUGUUGUGAUUGAAUUCACUGAUGACAUCAGUAAGCUUGUGAUUGGAUUGGCUGGAAAGUAGAUUAACAAUUACUGCUACUGACUCGCAAUGUUUGCGAAUGUUCUCACAGAAUAUUUAAGCCAUUGUAUGUAUCCUAGCAGUUUCGAUGUUUACUGGAUGCUGUGUUCAUUGUGCCGCUCAGCGAUAGCGUGCCGUUCUCUUGCAUACCAGAUGGUCAACAGCAUGUGGUAUUUAUUUGUAUUGACUUCGAGCGUAGACAAAUGUGUGUUGCAUGUAGCGCAUUUGAUGCUAGGUUAACUGAAAACCUCUUUUGAAUCGCUGUUUUUUUCUGAAGAUUAUAAUUCGUAUAACCGCUAAAUGUAUUGUUUCAUUGAACGAAUUCCAUUGUUCGGAAUGCUAAUCAAUUAGGGUUAACAGUCAAAAUUCCCCAAAAGUUUAUCAUUUAGUUGCUGUGCGGUAAUGUAUCCAUGGUUGCUCAAUUAAAUCUUUUAGCGCCCAAGUAAAACCGGUUUCAUUCACGUUUUCCAAAGCCUUUAGGUCAAUAUUGUCUAACGCCAUACAUGAGGAGGUGUUUUGAGGCCUGAUAUUCACGGUAUUCCUGAAAUAUUCUUCUUAAAAGAUCUGUUGUAUUGUGUUAUUUUAUUUACCGACUUAGAGAGAGAUUCCAAGAAUACAAUCCUUCUUUCAUAUCUUAAUUGGUUACAAAAAAAGGGGUUUCUCCUAUCUGUUUCGUGGUAAUUGAAAAAAUGUGUAAGCCACGUUACCGAGUCCUCACGGCGCUAUGUUGGUGGGACUGUUAAAGAUAAGCUGCGCAAUCAACAAAUAUCCAGGAAGCCCUUAGCGGGUAAUCAUUUUUAUGUGUUGACUCGAAGUAGGGACUUGUAAAGACCAAAGCUAUGUUGAACGCGCCUUCCAGUUUACCGACUUUCAUUUUGCCAUAUUGACCUGUACAUAGUACUGGUGUUUGGUUAGUCAUUAUGGUGAAUUUCGAAACUUCAACAGUGCAUAGAAUGGAUUUUGUUUGGACUGUGAUUAAAUUCACUCGGUGUAAAUGCUUGAACUGCAAUGUUUUAACUGAAAGUCCGCUAAGUGCAACAAUUUUGCAGUUAUCACAACGCUAUCUGUAAAUAGCGAUGCGAUGUUUGUCAUAUACACUGUUGUUGCAGUGCGAUGUUUUGUGAACGAACAUUGGUUGCAUUUUACAGAAACUGUCAGUCCUUUGACGUCUGUCAGUUGUUGCAGUUAUCAAAAUUGCAUUCAUGAAGUAAAACGUAAACAUAUUGCAGUUAUCGAACGUCUACUAUACACCGAAGCCACUUGUACUGUAUUGUAAUUGAACUCACUUGGAAACUACGGUUAAAUAUGUGGUUAAAUUCGCCGAUAAUGCGAGGAACAGAAUGUGAAAAGUUUACAGAGAGCACAUUGAGCUGUGAUUAAAUUCACUGAGAGUACGUGGAAGAUAACGUGAUUAAAUUCACUUAAAACGGACAAGAAUACACGUGAUUUAAUUCACUAAUGGUGAAAAGGAAUUGAUUAAGUAAAUGAAAGUACGUGAAAGCAAUUGUGAUUAAAUUCACUGAUUAACUGUCUGACUGAUACAGUACAUAGAAUGUUGUGAUUAAAUUCACCUAAACACAGAGAAAGAAUACUAGUGCGAAAAAAAAAGAGCGUGAUUGUACUUACGUAGAGGGUACUGCAAGAACUGUGAUUAAAUUCACUGAGGACAUAUAGAAGGUUGUGAUUAAAUUCACUGUUACGUGGAGAGAGAAAUAAGAUAGGGAUGGUUCCGCCAACAAAAUAUUGUGUUAGAUAAUAGUGAUGCCACUAUUCACAAAAGUUUCUAAAGAAGCCUACCUGUUGCGCCCCUCGGGCGAUACGCACCUACCAUCGCAUCACCUUGGUUCGUCGACCGUCGGUAGAAAUGACGUUCCAUUGUCCGAAUAGGUAGCUGACGUGGUCAUUGGUUUGACAGAGAUCACGAUCAUCAACGAUCAAAUCUGACUAUACAUGUCAAUGGUUGCUACUCCGUGAUUGAUCUGAGCUGGUACCAAUUGCACUGAGAUCCAAAUGAAUAAGGGCUGGGACACUCCACUUAUUCUCAAAGUGCAAUUUUAGCAGCUCAUGCAUUUUGGAUCAAUAACGGCGCCGGCCACGUCCUUAUAGUCAGUUGGGAAGGGAAAGGAAUGUUAGAGUGUGCUGGUUGUUGCUACUAAAGACCGAGAUCACCUCUGCAUCCCCACAUCCAGCACGGACUGGGGUAUUUGUUAGACGGAAAGGAUGGGAGAUCUGGGAGUCACCGUUGGGUCGGUGAUGCGAUCCAUGGAUAGGGGUUAUUUAUAGUGUUCGUGAGGUGAUAGAUUGUGUGGUGAAUAAGGUGAAUAAGGUCAAGCGGCACAGCACGCUUCGGUUGCAUAACUUGUAGGCGUUAUAUACACUGUGCUGUGAGUGGAAGUUGGAAGGAAGGGAAACGACUUUGUUUUCCAAUUCGUUUCUGAUUCUAGCGAUGGCUAUGAACAUUUGAAUAUACAUGAGUUGUAUAUGUAGAGAAGAGAGAGAGAGAAAGUGAAUAGAAAGAUACAAAGUAGGAUGAAAGGGAAGGGCCAGGGAUUGAACCCAGGACCUUCUGCAUAUAAAUCAGAAGCUGUAGCCACUAGACCACCAAGCCCGUCAUCAUUGGUUUGACAGAGAGCAGAAAAACACAGAAGAAUGCUGAUUCAUGUUGAUGUUCAGUGAGAAAUCUACAAUUUGUAAAAUUAUAACUAGUUUCUAUUGGAAUACUUAGCUAUCAGUGCUGAAGAUUGGUGAGGAGUGAAAUCAAUAUUACUCCCUUUGAUUCCCGGUCCGCAAUCGUGCCCAAUUCAUUAUUCUAUGGUUUGGAAACUUCAUAGAUUGUUGGGCUAAAUUGAGUGCAAAGGGGUAAGAACUAAACCUAAAACAUGCAUUUGAAUUGAUUAAAAACUUAUCCUAAAUGUUUAAAACCUAAUAUUACAUGCAGCUUAACCUAAAUACGAAGGAGGCUUCAAUCAGCAGAGUCGAGGUAGAAGAGAUUGCAGGAGGCACUAAACGUAAGGUGAAAUUGAUUGUAUCAAAACCCCAUAUUAACCCCCUAUCAUUAUAUUAAAGGAAAUUUUAACCAGCCAAAAGUGUGCGUUGGUUCAUUUUUUCGGAAGACGAUCCCUCCAGUUGGCGCGGCCAACAAAUUAAAAUUUCGUUUACCCCGGAACGAUGUCGGAUCCAGGUAUGGAUACUGCAAAGAAGACCAAAGGUAAGCAGCAGAAGUCUCCUCCUAGUAUAAGGUCAGUAAAUAAAGAACCCCCCAAAGACCCGUCUAAACAGACCCAGAACAAAGCCUCAAAAAGCGACAUCGUCGCCAGUUCGACCUCUAAACCUCUAAAUCCCCCUAAAUCAGACCCUCAAGCCACCAUUUCGGCUGAAAAGAGUUGUGCGUUAUGCGAAAACCCGGUCAAUGAGCGUAUGGUGCAAUGCAAUUCAUGUGACGUGUGGCAUCAUUUCUCGUGCGUGGGUGUUUCCGAGGAUAUCAAGGGCUACAAUUGGACCUGCUUGAAAUGCGAUACCGCGAAGGCAGCCAAAGGAGCGAUUCCACGGAAGAUGAUGACGCGAGCUGCAGCUGCAAAAGGUACAAAGAAGGCGAAUCGGAAGGAGGGGCAGAUAGAUGGAGUGAACGAGCAGACGAAAGAGGCCGAUGAGCUAGCCGGUACAGUCGGAGGGCCAGCUCCAAGCUUGAAAACGAACCGGGCCGGUUCCGUAGUUUCAGCAGCAUCACGAAAGUCGGCAAAAGCUCGUUUGGACGUGGAACUGCAGCAGAUCAAAGCUGAGGAGGAGUUGAUGCGAGAAGAAAUGCAACGGAAGCGAGAAUUGGCGAAGAAGAAGUUCGAGGUCCUGAAGGAGAUGGCUGAUCUGGAAGGUAGUGGCGAAUCCGCUGUUGAUCAGCCGAAUGUCGUCAAUAAAGUUGAGCACUGGUUGAAGCGUCACAGCGAGAUCCGUGAAAAGGACAAGCAGUCGUACAAGGAAGCCAGAGAUUAUGAUUCUGAAGACUGCGUGGAAACCGAGGCUUCGAGCGAAAUUUCAGCGUCUGAUAGCGAAUCAGAUAGUGACGAAGAGACGUCGACGGAAAGCGGAGCGGAUCGAGAUGGUAGAGCAGAUGGAGCGCAAUCCGUCGGAGAGCUCGUAGGGCGAAGGCAUCUCAGGCCUAAAAUGACCUCGACCAGGAAGGUCCCGAAAGGUGGAAGUAGCAACCGAUCUGGAACGGAGCGACAACAAUCAUUGCGGAGCGACAGGAAGCUUUCGAAGGAUGAACUAGCAGCCCGUCAAGUUGUUCCUCGCGAACUGCCGAAGUUUAGCGGUAAUCCGGAGGAAUGGCCGAUGUUUGUGUCAACGUACGAAGAUACUUCAGCCAUGUGUGGAUACACGGACGCCGAAAACAUGAUUCGCCUCAGGAACUGUUUGAAGGGAGAUGCGUUCAACGCUGUCCGAAGUUUUUUGAUGCGGCCUGAAACCGUGGGAAGAGCGAUCAGUGCGUUGAAGCUGCGGUUUGGCAGACCGGAGACGAUUAUCGACUACUUAAAGGAGAAAAUAAUAGCAAUGCCGAUCAUCAAGCCGGACGCGAUGGACAAACUGGUCGACUUUGCGCUGGAAGUUCAAAACCUCUGUGCUACGAUAGAAGCUUGCGGAGAGAAGCAGUACAUGUGUGAUACGACGUUGAUGAAGGAAUUCGAGAAGAAGUUGCCACCGCAAAUUAGACUGGACUGGGCCCGAUACAAGAGGAAGUUGCGGAAAGCGAAGCUAUCCACGUUUGGCCGGUGGAUAUACAACCUGGCGGAGGAUGUGAACGUGGUCUUCGAACCGCAGUGCCGUGGAAACAAGACGCAGGAGUUCGCGAGAGGAGUUCGUAAGGAGAAGUACGUGAGCACCCACGCUGAAGUGCCGGUCACGGAUAGGUAUCAGCAAGCCCGCCAAACUCAGCAGUCAGCAGUCGUAGGGAGCGGAGAAUCGAAACCCUGCCCGGCCUGCAAGAGUGAUUGCAAGUGUCUGGCAAAAUGCAAAAGAUUCCUGGAUUUGUCGUACGAGGCGAAAUGGGCCACUGUUCGCGGCUUCAAUUUCUGUCGCAAGUGUCUUCGGCAACAUAAAGGUGGCUGCAAUUCCGGAGAAUGUGGAAAGAACGGUUGCACGUUCAAGCACCACGUAUUACUCCACAGAGACUUAGCCGUACCCGGUGCAUCGAGCAGUGUUACAUCCAACAGAUGUGGGUCUUCAAAGCAGAACGAAGAACGCAAUGUGAAUACGCACCAAUCAUCAACAGGUCCAGGAUCGUUCCGGUACCUGCCGGUAACUCUGUAUGGCGACGGAGUGCACGUGAGAUGUUACGCCUUUUUAGACGAUGGGUCAGAGUUGACACUCAUCGAUCAGCAGCUUGCGGAGGAUCUUAAGCUUUCUGGAGCAGUUCUGCCUCUCUGCCUGAAAUGGACGGGAGGUACCCACCGCUACGAAUCAGACUCACAGAGUAUCAACGUCGAAAUAUGCGGAAAGGAUGGAAAGCGGACGUUAUUGCAGGAUGUGAGGACUGUCGAAGAGCUACAACUGCCGUACCAGUCACUAGAUAUGGACCAACUCUCAGAGCGGUACGGCUACCUGCGUGGUCUGCCCGUGGACUCGUAUUGUAACGUUCGUCCACGAAUACUGAUUGGAUUGAAGCAUGCCAACCUAAUGCUGGUGCGAAGGAGUCGUGAAGGCAAAAUGGGUGAGCCAAUCGCCGUCAAAACCAAUCUUGGCUGGACUGUAUACGGUGGCUGGGAAUCGCAGGACUUUUCGAGUACAGCCAGUCAUACGUACCACAUCUGCUCCUGCAACGAACCAGGCCUGACGCAUCUGAAUCAGAUGGUGAAAGAUUACUUCUCCAUGGAUGGUUUGGUAGUUCAACCGAGCCACGUCGGACGGCUUUCUAAGGACGAUGAACGCGCCAUGGCUCUUCUGGAAUCUCGCACUCACUUCAACGGAGAACGUUACGAAGCAGGCCUGUUAUGGCGGUCCGACAAAAUCCGUCUGCCGGACAACAAAGCAGUUGCAGUUCGUCGUUGGAGAUGCUUGGAAAAACGCAUGGAGAAGGACACGGAGUUAGCGAACAUCCUGCACGAAAAGAUUGCGGAAUACAGGUCGAAAAACUACAUCCGCAAGCUAACGUCGGAGGAGCUGUCAACAACAUACGAGCGGGUAUGGUACUUGCCUAUUUUUCCGGUAUACAAUCCGAAUAAGCCAGGCAAGGUCCGGAUUGUGUGGGACGCUGCCGCCCAAGCAUACGGGAUAUCACUGAAUUCGGUGCUCCUCACUGGCCCAGACCAGUUAGCGUCUCUUGUGGGCAUCCUGUACCAAUUCCGUGAGCAUCGAAUAGGCGUUUGUGCCGACAUCCGUGAGAUGUUCCAUCAGGUCGACAUCAAUCCUGAGGACCAGCAAUGUCAGCGUUUUCUUUGGCGUGACCGCGACGAACACGGUGAUCCAAGCAUCUACGUCAUGCAGGUAAUGACAUUCGGGGCGAGCUGUUCUCCUGCCACAGCCCAGUUUGUGAAGAACAAGAACGCCGAAAGAUUCGAAGAAGAAUAUCCAACAGCGGUAGCGGUCAUCAAAAAACGGCACUACGUGGAUGACAUGGUUUUCAGCGUUGAAACGGAGCAAGAAGCAGUUGAACUGGCGGAGUCGGUGCGUUUCAUCCACAUGGAGGGUGGAUUUGAAAUCCGCAAUUGGGUUUCCAAUUCUCCGUUGGUGCUUUCCACUAUGAAUGGGGACGAGUCAACGGAAAAGGACCUGAACAUAUCUGCGGAGAUGGCGAGUCAAAAAAUCCUCGGAAUGUGGUGGGAUACGAAGGACGACGUGUUCAAAUAUAAAAUAUGCUGGACCAGAUUUGAUUCGGCGCUGCUUGAUGGAAGUCGUUGCCCUACUAAACGGGAGAUCCUUCGGACGCUGAUGACCAUAUACGACCCUCUAGGUCUCAUCGAUCACUUCCUGGUCUUGUUGAAAAUCUUGCUACAGGAGGUUUGGCGUGCUAACGUUGACUGGGACGAACGAAUCCCCGACAACCUGUUCGAGAAGUGGCGUGACUGGCUGCAAUUGCUACCAGAAGUAGAGAAAUUACGGAUUCCUAGGUGUUACCGGCAAGUUGUUUCAUCUUUGGGCGCAGCUUCCGUGGAAAUUCACGUAUUCGUUGACGCAAGCGAAAGUGCAAUGGCAGCGGCAGUGUUCUUGCGACUCGUAGAAGGGAAUCAAGUGGAAUGUUCGCUGAUUGCUGCAAAGACUCGCGUAGCACCCUUGAAGUACACCUCCAUUCCACGAUUAGAACUGCAGGCAGCAGUCUUCGGGUGUAGAUUGGCGAAGAACGUUAUACCCAAGUAACACAACUUGUUACAAUAGUGUAUAUAAUACAUGUUUCAUACCAAAGUCCAUGUUCUGUUUCGAAUAUGGAAAACGUAUUUUCGUACGCUUAUAUCACCGAAAAAGCGCAAAAAAUGGCGGCUUAUAAAACAUCAUUGAUGAUACUGAAGAUGUUUUUCAAUACAUUAUUAUAACAUAAAAUUAAGUAUAGAAUGUGUUCUCAACAAACAUCGUAAAUACUUACUUGUUGUUACCAGGAGAAUCAUAAUUUUUCAAACGCAAAUAAAUCUGACACCUAUCAUGAGGUUCCAAGUAAUGGCUCAAAAAAUUUUACGCCUACAAUUUAUCGCCAAACAUCGUCACUAUGCCUUAAUUCCAUGUGCCAUUUAAAAUUUAUGGUGUAAGAAACACAUUUGCUUCUCAUGUAUUCAUUCGCCUUCCGUCGGAUUGGAGACAAGAAGGAAGGUUUUUGUUUUUCUGUGCUUUAUGUGAGAUUUUCAAACAAAUUUACAGACUUGCAACAUGGUGGCUUCUUGCUACAGUAGCGUCAGGAUGUUUCGGAAUUCUAUUUUCAAUAAUGUUAUAUUGAUGAUGUUCUUUAAGUCUGUAGAAUUUGUAUUCGUUAUCAUUUUGCAAAUUAUAUAAUUUAAUUUAAUGUUUAAACUGUUUCAGAUGUAUAAUUAUUGGGGAAAACAUCCGUAGAUGAACAUCAACAGGCUGUAUAUAGAAAUGGUAUUGUGAAACUUUUUAGCAGGCACUGUAAUUUGUCUGACCUGAUAGGGAAGAACUCAAACUAUUAGGAAUACGUUUAAAUUACAACUGUUGUACAUCUACAUAACAUGUUUAUCGAAUACCACUUGAAUUGAUUGAAAUACAUUGCAAAAACAUCAUAGUAACGUAUUUUAAACAUUCAUUUCCAAUGCUGCGCACAACGAUGUGAAGUUUGGUUUUGAAUAACCUGUUUUGAACAUAGGUACAACAAUAACAAAGUUGGAGUGAAAUUUCGGGAUCUAAUGUAAAUAAAUUAUUGUAGAAUGAUUUACGGCAUCAAAAAUAGUGUUAAAACGGUGCUUGUGAGCGAGGUUUAGCCGACACGUAAGUACUCACAGUGAUUAUAAGGUGACAAGUGACAUUUGCGCGCAGUUGGAUGGUGGCUUCUAUCUUUCGAGCCAUGGCAACAGUGGCAUAUGCCAAGUUUUCUUUAGAGAAUAUACCCGUUUAGCAUACUCGUUGCGGGAUCAAAGCAAGCAUAACAUAAAAAUGUCGAGUGCUAUUUUAAUUAAUUUGCGUUGCAUUUUCAAGAGCAAGCAAGUUUCAUAAAUAAUGCUCAAGUGCGUGACAUGAUAGCGAACUGAUAAACUUGUAAGUUAACGUAU